AUGCUCGGAAUCAAGCUACUCUUCUUGUCGGCUUAUCAUCCCCAAACUGACGACCAAACGAAUGUCACGAACCGGACGCUAUCUACCCUCCUACGUGUGUUGAUCAAGAAGAACAUCAAGGAAUUUGAGGAGUGCUUACCCAUCGGCAAGCAUGCCUACAAUCGCGCAAGACAUUUGACUACCGGCAAGUCCCCCUUUGUAGUCGUCUAUGGAUUCAACCCAUUGUCCCCAUUGGACAUUCUACCACUACCACUACAAGAACGAGUGAACUUGGACGCAAGCGCAAGAGCAAAUUAUCUCAAGAAGAUGCAUGAAGAUACAAGGUCCACAAUCGAGCGACAAGUACACCGCCUCGCCACCAAGCUCAACAUCAAGAAGACUCCCAUGGUGUUCAACCUGGACGAUCUCGUAUGGCUACACCUUCGCAAGGACCGUUUCCCCAAUGAGUGCAAGUCCAAGCUACUACCGUGA